CAAUAGGCAGAACUAAUACGUCACGCCAUUUCUUCGAUGAGCGUUAAGUAUAAAUAGCGAUUCAAAAUUACGAUUCAAAGUUUUCAUUACAAAACGUGUCCUUUGAGAAUAUUCGGUCCGGAUCCUAUGGCUUAGUUAAGCAGUAAUAGUAAAACGAGUUGUUGCCCCACGAGUUUCACGCAGACCGCGCUGAUUGGACCGGGACAUUUGAGAUCGAUUAAUUAACGGUAGUAAAUUGUAACCAUAUGCUGAGCUUCCUUUUCAGUUCCGUCGAACCGGUCCUUGUUUACAGGCGUUCAGCAAAACAGGCAGAGUGUUUUGAUAUUAACGGUUGAAAUAACAUUUUCAUGGUUAAUUUAAAACCAGUUAUAUUGAAUUUAAAAUAGGUCAAGUUUAGGGAAAAUAUUUUUUUCUAUGAUAGGAUACCGUUAGCAAUUAAAAUCUAUAUACAGCGCGCUUUUAGAUUUGCGAGGCUACGAAUAUAUUAUUCUGCAUCAGGUAUUGUGCGACGAGAAAAAAUGAAAACAUGUUCCAUUAUGUUACCUUACCAUGUUCAUUUUAUAACAGCCCGUUUAUGUAUAACCCGUAUACUGAUUAUCUUACUGUUCAUUAAAAAUUAAUGUUGUAUAAUAACAGCGAAAGCUAUAAGCUGCGUUCUUUUUUAGAAAUGGCUGGUAUGCUCUUUACUGAUACAGAAUCGAGGGUGAUAAAAGAUAUAUAAACACAACUUAUUAUCACUAUCUAGAACAAGUAUACAAACUUUAGCACAUGGCCAUACGGAAACAAUUAGGAUUAUACAUUCAAAAAAUAUCCAACAUUUUCAUGAUAUAGGUUUGGGUUAAGAUCUUUUCAUUCCAUUUUACCCCGCAGUGACAAUAUAAUGAAGCUACACGGUGACGCAUUCGUUGCUGGCUGGGUGGGAGGUGCUGCAAGUGUCCUUGUCAGCCACCCACUGGACACUGUAAAGGUGAGAUUACAGACUAACAGCGCGUAUCGUGGUGCUGUCCAUUGUAUUAUUAAAACGUUCACACGAGAAGGUGUUAAAGGUUUCUACAGAGGAAUGUCGUUUCCGCUUGCAUCGGCGGCCGCUUACAACGCUUUAGUAUUCGGAGUUUACAGUAAUACAGUAAACUUUUUGUGCCACGUCCGAUACGGAGAUGCAAACCACGUACCUGGAUGCAGCGAUAUAUUCAUUGGAGCAAUGAUGGCUGGUGGAGUAUCAGUGUCGGUUGGAACUCCCAUCGACCUAAUCAAGAUUCGACUACAGACGCAAACUAAUGUAAAGAAGACAAAAAUACCAAACAAAGUUCUUACUAUGCCAAAGUCUUUGCAUAGAGGAAACGCGACACGAGCGAUGGCUACCUCGCCCUUACAACCGAAGGUGUACAGUGGGCCUAUGCAGUGCACGAGAGAUAUUUACCAGAAUUAUGGGUUACGCGGAAUGUACCGCGGCGCGUCGUCUAUGUUAAUUCGAGACAUUCCUGGUUAUGCUUUAUACUUCGUACCUUACGAGUUAUUUCGAAGUUUAUUUAAACCGGAAGAAGGUAGAGUUGGUGCUGCUAGUGCCUUGCUGGCAGGGGGCUUAGCUGGUACGAUUUCCUGGGGCGUGAUGAAUCCAGUGGAUACGAUAAAAAGCAGACUGCAAGCGGAUAUUGGAGUAAAGGCGCAAAAAUACGAUGGCUUUCUUCAGUGUGUGCGGUCGAGCUACCAGAGCGAAGGAUAUUCUGUAUUUUUGCGUGGGAUGGGAAUGAACGCGCUGAGAGGAUUUCCGCAGAGUGCUGCACUAUUCUUUGGCUAUGAAAUGGCACUGAACACAAUAAUGAAAUUAAGAAGCAAAUAAGCGACGCUGCAAUAUUUUUAAUUACUUCGCAAUUAGUCAAUUCUAUAUUAGAACCAAUGCAGCUUGUAUGUCGAAGGGACGACUAUGAGGAGUUCUAAGUUGUUUUAUAUUUGGCAUGUUUACUGUGACGAAACAGCUGUACUGUCUGUUAUUCUUUACGACGAAAAAGCCAAUCAUGACGCAAAGCAUUAUAAAUGCUGUCGUUAGUUGGGUAUUCCUAUAUUAGGAAUCCAGAAUUUUUUUCCAUAGAUCUUGUCAAUAUUUGACGUAAUAUAAAGUAUGGUCGGGAGGACGGGACACAUAGCACAUAAUAUCUCAAUAUCCUGAUCGUACAUCGAUCGUGUUUUAAACAGUUAACAACGGUCUAUGGGAGUCGUAAGGAUAACCGUUUUUUAAUGCUUUGAAUGUUUACUACCCAAUGGAACAAGAAAUUAAAUUGAAAAGGUGUCCCAUCGUCCCCACCCGACAAUACACGCUUUGUUAAAAGCCUAAACGGAUGCACUAUCACGUUUCCUGACCAAUUCCUCCUCAACAAAUUAUAUGCAAUCUGAUAUUUUCUUUGAACCUCAUACCAUUUCAAUGGUGCAUAAAACCAGCGCUGGUUCCAACACAUUCAAUACAAUUCGAAAUAAAAAUUGAAGAAUAUUUGAAA